AUGUAUACUGAGCAACACUGGGAAGCAGGAGCACGCACCAGGUGUUGCAUGGCGAUCCCUACGUGGCAGUCCAUCCAGAGAUCGCGCACCACCAUUUCUCCCUACAUAACGGAGCUCCCUCCCUCUGCGCUUAACAGUUGGACAAUGGCGAACUUGAAGGACCUUUCCACCGUCGCCAACGACGUCGUUCAGAAGUGUGCAGAGAAACUUGACACCCGUGUGGAUGAAUUGGCGGAUGAGUUUGAAUCCGAGUGGAAGAAACUUCCGCCCGAAAGAAGCGGCGAUGGAUAUUCGUAUUCGAGGAAAUUUGUGGAGUCUUGCAGUGCAAAGGCUCUGGCUGUCGUUUGCCAAAACAUACAAGAAAAGAUCAGCGACGGGUCGUUUAGCCGCUUCACGUUUGACAUGAUGCUUGCUUGGGAGACCCCGAGCUCUGCUGACGAUGAGGCUUCUAUGGAGUGUGUGGCGAAGGAGAAACAUGAGAGGAAGACACCGGCAAAAGUGACUCAACAAGAAGAAGAUGAUGAGAUUUCACUUUUCUAUUCGGACCUCAUGCCACUCCUUGUUGAUAAUCAGCAAAAUGUUGGAGAAGAUGUAUUUGCGUGGAUGGCAUCACUAGUCCCAGCAGUUGCAGAUCCUGUUAAUGCAAGAUUUACCUUUGAAACCCUAACUGCACCAACAGGCUACCGCCUGCAUUUUCCUGCCUAUGACAAAUUUCUGAAAGAAAUUGACAAAUGCAUAAAACAUUUGCAAAAACAAGCAACACCAAAGGGUGUGGAGUUGGUAGAUGAUGAAUUUAUAUUGCAUGUGGAAGGAACUGCAAGCUCCCAGAGAGUGGUGCGCCACAUUGGAGGAACAAGUUGGCCUGGUAGGCUUACACUAACCAAUUAUGCUCUCUACUUUGAGGCUUCUGGACUUAUAACAUAUGAAGAUGCCCUUAAAAUAGACCUUUCAAAGAACGGGGAAUGUGGUGUGAAACCAGCUUCCACGGGUCCAUGGGGUGCUCCACUUUUCGACAAGGCAAUUGUAUACGAGUCUCCUGAAUUAUCAGAGGGACUUGUGCUGGAGUUUCCUGAGGUAACAAGCUCCACAAGACGGGACCAUUGGCUUGCACUCAUAAAGGAGAUUAUGUUUAUGCACCAAUUCUUAUCAAAAUACAAGGUGGAUUGUCCAAUCCAAGCAUGGGAAAUGCAUGGAAGGACGAUAUUGGGAAUCAUAAGGCUGCAUGCAGCGAGAGAACUGCUACGAAUAUCGCCCCCCUCUCCAACAAAAUUCUUGAUUUUUGCUUUGUUUGAUGAGUUGCCAAAGGGAGACUUGAUACUGGAAGAACUUGCUGAGAGUCUGAAGAAGAUCAACAGCAGGCACCCGUGCAGUGCAAGCUCAACACUCAAGGAUUUGAACAUGUCGUGGUCAAUCAUCUCUAGUGCAGAAGUGAAGGAAGUUGGAGAGGAAAAGGCGUACGUGAGUGGUCUACAUGACAACCAGUCCUCAUUGGAGACGACUAUUAAUCAAGCUAGAGAGGAAGAAAAGGAUAUUGCUAUUGCCAAAGCUACCACUGAGGGGUUGAAAGAGGAAGGAAUUGCUGAAAGUGCCCUUGUUCUUAAGGAGCUACUAAAGCCACUUCAAAGUGGUUUGCUUUGGUUUCAAGAUAUUCUCACAUGGGAAAGACCAGCAGCUACCAUCAUCUUUAUUGCUGCAACCCUUAUAAUCAUCUACAAGGAGUGGAUUGGCAAGGCAAUAGCAUGUUUUUGUUUAUGGGUUGUAGCAAAGAUGGUUGAAGCAAGACGAGAAAGGAUUAAUGAGAGGUGGAAUGAGAUUGUAGUCAGCACAGCCUCCGACCAGAGUACAAUGGAGAGCAUAGUCUCUGCUCAGCACGGAUUGCAAACUGUUCAUCAGGUGUUGCAGGCAACAAACAUAGCAUUAUUGAAAAUUUGGUCAAUAUUUGUCUCAAAAACUCGUAAGAUUUGUGUUUGGUUGGUUGCAGCAUGCAGAUAUGGUGAUGAUAGGGAUGAUUGGAAUAGCAAUGAUAGUAGCAAUGGUUCCAAUGAAGUUCAUCAUUAUGUUCAUCGCCUUGUGUUGCUUCUCCACCACCUCAAAGCUUGGGAAACGCAUGGGAAACAAACAAGGGAACCGACGCCUCCAAGAAUGGUGGGACUCCAUUCCGGUCAUCCCUGUCCUUGUCGUAGACAAGCCUCUCGACAACCCUACCUGCAACUAGCUUCUUCUUCUUCUUUCCUUGAUUUUGUAACAUCCUCUGCAUGUUUGUCUCGUGUUGUAUACAUUGUUUUUCUCUUGGUGCUUGUCUAAUUAGAAGUUACGAAUCAUGGAAUAACUUCUUUAUAUAGACUUCCUUCUUGGUAAUUUACUCAUGCUCUACAUGAUAAUUUCCCAUUUGGCUCGAGGCCUACGGCCCCAACAUGAAAUUACGAAGUUUUGUAAUAGAGAAGAUUUGCUACAAAUUUUUUAGUU